AUGGCCUCAAUUGUUUCCACCCCUCCCCCCUCAACUGAGGACGACAAUCGGAUAGACGACGAAAUGCGAACCGAUACGGCCAUCAAAGCUGGAACAAAGCAAAGGAUAUCAGCCCUCGAAGAAGAAAUCCAGGUCCUAAAAGCUGGUGUCUCGAAGACUAAAAGUACCGACUCUUGGGUCAACCAAGGUCGUGGAAUCCGGUGUCUGGUAUCACUGUUUGAUUCCAUUAGCGACAUGGUAGCGGAACGUGAUCGUCGAAUUUAUGAGCAAGACGAUGACGAGGCUUCGACGCAACCUCAAGACUAUAGUGAAGAUGAGAACCGUACGUUUAGAGGGUUCAAGGAGCUCGUAUACUAUGUCCCUACCCUCAAGAAAAAGCUGAACGAAGAGGUCGCGAGUAAUAAAGAAUUAGCUUCCAUCUACAAGCAACUACGAAAAGGGUCGGAUGGAGCGCGAGGUGAUGACGCAGGGAAUAUGAAGCCUGCAGCAGUGCAAUGGCUUUCAGAAUUAUUCCCUGCGUCAUCUACUACUCCUCUUGAUCCUCUAGAUAAAAGUUGGCGAGGCUUCUCACAUGAUCUUACAGGCAGCCUUCUUUGCCCUAGCGAGUAUGACUGGAGCAACACGAGCAUCAAAGAACAGAUUCGUGACCGCCACCCCAGAUAUUUGGUCACAGCCAAUUUGUGGCCAACCUUCGUAUAUGCAAACUAUAAGUACGACCCCAAAGAUAUUGAGAAGGGGUUAUUCCAAAGCACCUUAUUGCUCAAAGCCUAUAAAUUUAUCUUUACUGCGCCCUCCUCUGCACGCGACGUUAGGGCCGACGGGCCUGACCCUCCUCCGCAUCUUCUGUACAAACGUCCCAGGUGUGAAUUGGCCGAAAGUCGAACUCGCGGACAUCUUCGUUUUGCAUUGUCCGGUGUAGGAUCGUGGCGCGUGGAAGACGGGGAUUUCAACUACCAGCAAUUCUACAAUAAUAUACUCGACUUUUUCGAGAUGCCGCCAGGACCAACUAGUAAGGCCGAAAUCGAAAACUUACUCUUAUGGUGGAACAGGAAAGUAUUCGGACGCUCGCGGGCAGCAGUGUACUCUCCACAAGCUGUCGAGAACACGUCAGUCGCGCGGUUAGCUGCUCAGCGUGCUGCUAAGGAAAACCGCUCAUCUCGAGCUAGCUAG